AUGAAGCCUCUCCACGUGGCAACUUGCAAUAUUCCUAUUCGCCCUCAUGCAUACAAUACAAAACGAGUUUCCACUCUCAUGAAUUCCUUCCACAGCAAUCUGCCAAGGCUUUCAAGGAUGGACGCCGCCGUGGACGCCCUAGCGCCGUUCGGCUUCCCGGCCGACAAAGUCAAGCAAGGUGUGAAGGAACUCCUCAAGGUAUAUGGAGGAGACGACGGAUGGCCCUUUAUCGAGGAAUAUUCGUACAAGGAACUCAUUGAGGCCUUGCUUCGGGAUGUGAAUGAAGAGGAUAAUAAUGCAGUUGAUACAAAGGAGAAGAACUCGGAGGACCAAUCUGAAGACGUGACUUCCUCUAGCAUUGCACAAACCGAACAACACGAGAAAACCGAAGAAAGUAUACCUGGAGGCCACUUGCCACGUAGGCUCCAGCCAUGCUACGGCUGGAUCGAGAGUGAUGAAGAGGAAGACGAUGAUUUCGUAUUCCUAAAGCCCUCAUCCUGCACGAGACGAAUCUCAAGGUGGGAUUUGAAACCCGACGAUCCUUAA